AUAAUCUCUCAUCUUUACCCAUUUAAUUAUUUUGUACAAACUUCCAUCAUGAAAUUGUCGAAUUUACAAUUUAAUGAUGAAUUAACAUAUUUUCAUGAAAAGGGUUUCAUUAAAUUUUAUUUAAAUAAAUGCAACAAAAAUGAUAAUGAUUCAAUUGACAUGUACUAUAGAUAAAAUUUGUUGCGUAUUUUUAUUUUGAUUGGUCAUAAAAUUUGACGCCUUAAGAAGCCAUAAUUGCGCAUGCUCAGAAAGAUGGCAUUUCCUGAUAUACAUAUUGUUUGAGCGGAAAUUGUAAAUUUUCUAAUAGUUUACGCAAAAGAAGAUGCAUGACAUAAAAAGUUAUACAACAAAUGCCACUCAAUUGAUAAAAUGUUUAUUUAAAGAACAAUAAGCCUUAACAACUGAUAAAAUACAGGAUAUAUCAUAUUUUAUUCAAGGAAGAGGGGGAAGUAAGCGAAAUCGGUGGUGCGCGACAAGGUCGUGUUAAACGUUGCACAUUCGCGGUUUACAAAAUCACGAAACGUGGUCAGACGAGUUUAGACAAUCGUCAUAAAGGAUAAAAUAUAUUGAAGCUGACCGUACUCAACACAGGUGUCUAAAUAUGAAUCGAGAUCGCUAUAAAAAAGCGAUAAGAGAUAAUUCAUACGCGUAACAUUUAUUAUGACAACUUAUAUUGACGACAAGUAAAGGUGCCUCUGAUAUACAUGAUAUACAAGAUUGUGUUAGGAAGACGAAGUUGUGAAAUGCGUAAGAUCAGUGAUCAAAGAAAUAAUGUAGUUUGAAAUAAGGAUGGUGUAGGAGUGAAAGUGAGUGUGAAUAAAAUUGAUAUUAUUAAAACUACAUAAUCAGCGACGUAUUUUUACGAUGAAGAAAAUAAACGCGUUAGUCAUAUCCAUGCGUGGCUAUGAUUUCAUAUUUCUAGAAACUAAUAGAAAUUGAGAAAAGCAUUCGUCAGAAAAUUACGAUCUCUUAAAGUGUAAACAGUUUUUAUUGUAUCAUAGAAUUAAAGAAAAAAGUGAAAUAUGAAAAUGAAACGUGUUUGAACGACAAAAAACAGUUGCCUAUUGGAUAACGAAUAAGCCGUUAAAAAAUGUAUACAAACAUGCAUAAAUUCAUUUCUGAAGGCUGUAGGAAGUAAUUUAUGAAGAAGAUAUUACUGCAAGGAAAACAUAAUAAUAAUUAGAUAUAUUAAUGGAUAAAAGAUAUCUGAAAAUCAAGAGGUGGUCGGUUUUUGCAAAAGACACGGUUACACGUUGCAGAAUCGACAUCAGUGAGAACGUAGCACAGAAUCGGAACUCGAUCGAGGUCGAGCGUUAAGAAUCGAUCGUUGCAUUUUCAACAUCCUUCAUUUUUCCCUUUUGGAAGAAAUAAAGAAUUAAAAAGCAUUUUAGGUUAUAAAAAUAAAGAAGAGUCGUUCGAGGGAGUGUCGAAUGAUUUUUCAGGCAUAAUACCGGCGUUGGUAAGAGUGCGUGUUUACGUGUGAGCGAACCAAAACAUCAAUGACCUUGAAAGAGGAACAAUCACGUGACCAGAAGGGAGCACAAGGAUUGGAUAGUCGAGGCGCAUAUAAUGUGUAUUGCGCCGUGCGCGCCCUAUGUCCUGCAUUCCGUGCCCGAUAGAUGGUAGAGGUUUAGCGGGGAAAAGGGGCGAAAAACAGACUAAGCGACGGCGACGACGACGGCUACGACGACGAGGACGACGAGAAAGACGAGAAAGACGAGAGAGACGGGAGAGAGUGCCGUUCGCCUGUACGUCCGUGUGUGUGCGCGCGCGUAGCUCGGUUGUGUUGUCCAAGAUGAAGUCCGACUCUAAACCUUUGUUGACAGCUCAGGCGGAAAAGGCGAAUCAUUACACAUACUUGAAGGAAUUUCGCGUCGAACAAUGUCCCCUCUUUAUACAGCGCAAAUGCACACAACACCGACCCUUCACGUGCUUCAACUGGCACUUUAUGAACCAGCGGAGGCGCAGACCGGUGAGAAAGAGGGACCGCACCUUCAACUAUAGCGCCGAUAAUUAUUGCACCAAGUACGAUGAGACCACCGGCAUAUGUCCAGAUGGAGACGAGUGUCCAUUUCUUCAUCGCACCGCUGGCGAUACAGAAAGACGCUAUCACCUACGCUAUUAUAAAACUUGCAUGUGUGUCCAUGACACGGACACACGUGGAUUUUGCGUUAAGAAUGGACCUCAUUGUGCAUUUGCACAUGGCAAUCACGAUCUUCGCCCUCCUGUCUAUGACAUCAAAGAGAUACAAGCGUUGGAAAACCCAGAUUCAGAUCCCAAUUCAUCCUCUAACGGACCAAACAUACUUGACAAGGAGCGUAACUUGAUGAACGAAGACCCAAAGUGGCAGGAUACAAAUUAUGUACUCAGUAAUUAUAAAACAGAACCAUGUAAACGUCCACCAAGACUCUGUCGCCAAGGUUAUGCUUGUCCACAAUAUCACAAUAGUAAGGAUAAAAGACGUAGCCCACGCAAGUACAAGUAUAGGUCAACACCGUGUCCUAAUGUAAAGCAUGGAGAGGAAUGGGGUGAGCCAGGGAACUGCGAACAAGGUGAUGCUUGUACGUACUGUCACACACGUACAGAACAACAGUUCCAUCCUGAAAUCUACAAAUCCACAAAGUGCAACGAUGUCCAACAAGCUGGUUACUGUCCGCGCGGAGUCUUCUGUGCUUUUGCACAUGUUGACCGUGAGUUUACCCUCAUAAAUCUGUUGCCAACAGAAGAAAUGAGCCUGGCGAGGGACAUGGCGGUACCUAUAGAUUGUGGAACCAAUCUGGCAGAUAUUCUCAGCAACGCUCUUCCACCCGAUAAGCGUGUUCAUGAAAAAGAUAAACCACUUAGCGAUAGCAGUAAUGGAAGUGGUGAAGUAUCAGAAUCGGCAAGUACCAGUAGCGUUGGUAGCAACAGUUCACACAGUAAAGCUCCUGGUGCUCAACUGCAUAAUUCUAAUUCCAAUAACACUGUAAAUACUUCCAAUCAACAGAAGUUAACGAGCAUACUUUACAAUCCAAACUCUAUUUUACAAGUUGGUGAAAUACGAAAACAAAUGGUUGCUAUAGAUAGUGAUCCUUUAUUAACAAAAGCUGAAAAAGCUCAACAGAAACAAAGUCUAUACAUUGCUUACAGUUUGAAUGGUACCUUAGGCAGUCAUUCAUUAGCGACUACCGUUUCACCACUUUCAAGUUCAUUUUAUCCAAAUGAUACCGUUGAAUCUGUAGUAGGAAAUGCAUUAGAUGAGUUACAUCUAGAUGAUCCCCUAAAUUUAGUAGAAUCAAUUCAUAGGGAUACUAAUUCACCAAUUAGCAAUUCAAUAUCAGCAGGCCUAGCAAGUUCUGGAUUAUUGGGAAGCUCAGCUCCAGUUAAUAUUCCUGGAAUGGCUGAACGUUCUGUUCUUACUAAUUUUUCGCCAUCAACGUCCAGUCCACUUCAACACUUACACUCAGCUGGUUUCCUCACCGGGUCCAGAUUUUCUCAUCAAGAUUCAAUAGAAUCGACAAUGCCAUUUAUGAAUCAAGUGUCAGAUCCAUUUAGCAAUCACAUUUCACAACUUAGCAGUUCAGCUUCGAAACUUAGCGGAUUUAAUAGUAGUUUAUUCGAUUUCACGAAUCAAGGAAUGUCUCCAUCUCGUACACAACCUCUCCCAGCAUCUCCGUUGGUCAAUGCAUUUUCGAUUAGUCCAAAUAAUACAGGAUCCUUAUCCGAGGUGCAAAGGCUCAGGGAGGAGUUGACAUCGAGCCGUGCACAAUUAGCAACAUGGGACGAACGAAUUAAUCAAGCUAGAGCUGCUUGUGCUGCGUGGCAAUUAGAGAGCGAAGAAGCUAAAAGAAAAGCAAGUAUUGCUGAACAACAGAGAGACGAGGCCUUGUUGCAAGUGAAAGCAUUGAGGGUGGAGAACGAAGCUUCUAGCGGUGGCCCGUACCUUCAUACUUUGAGAAGAACAAGCGAACUCAGAUCUUUAUCGAUAGCUGCAUUAAAAUCAAUUCAAUCGCAGCUUCGUUCGGAUCUCGAAGAAAUAGAAAAGGUGCUGUACAGAGAAACGGCAACAAAGUGCAUGGUUUGCGAAGAACAAAAUCGCACUGUUACUCUCUCACCGUGCAACCACUACGUGGUCUGCUCAACGUGCGCUCCAAAUCAACGCGAGUGCCCGUACUGCCAGACUCCGGUUGUCUCCACAAGUUAGGUCCGAGUAUUUUGUUAAAAGAAAACGCCCGUUGUUAUAUCUACGCUCUUUUUCAGUAACAAGGACGAAUAUUCUCAGAAUUUUAAUGUGAGUAGUAAACUACAAAUUUCAUGCGAAUUCAGUGUUUUUAAAUGCGAUGGUAUACAAAUGUGAACAAUUAACAAAGAAAUUUUGUACCACGGUACACGUAUAAUCGCAAUAGAAUUAACAAAAAAGAAAAAAAUUUAUCGAACAUGUAAUUUUUGACUAUCGCCAAAGUGAAUGUGGAUGUGAUAAGACUUAACAAAGUCUCUAUUUGUCAUACUUUGUGUCAACAGUCAUACUGUUAAUUAUUAGCCGUUUAUAAAGAUUGAAAUAUCACAUCCUUUAUUAAUUAAGAACACAUAUUAUUGAUCUUGAAAUGGAAAAGAAAUAUUUAAUAUAUAAUUCAAAAUACAUUUAUUAGCAGGGUGCUAGCUGAAUAGUUAGCAUUAACUUAUAACAUGUAUGUGUGCCAGUUACACAAACAUAUUUAGCGUGAAAGAAAAAAGAAAAACCACAUAUAAUCGUAAAUGAUGGACAAAGUUUUUGGGACCUCUGAAGUAUAUAUUUGUUUAAAAAAUUGUAAUACCAUAAUUAAACGCAACAAAAAAGAUUAAUAAUGUCCCAUUUAUAAUAGUUAUGGGAUAAUUUUCCUCAAUUGCUGAGCUGUUAAACGUAUGUCACGCGAGAUGAUGAUAUUUCUAUUGUAUUUAAAGCUAUAUUUAAAUAGGAUUUUUCAAUUGACCCGUACUGAUGGUAAUAAUACAAGUAUUAACAAAUUUUAUAUCUUUGGUUGAGAAAGGUAGUAUUGAUAAUAUCUAAUUAUAAUAUAAGGAAUAUAUGAUUUCUAGACUUUUAUACAAAAUAAUAAAAUUGCUCAUAUUUAUAACAAAGAAACGAAUUGGAAUUCGUAAGUAAAAUGAUACAUUUAAUCAUUUCAUUGCUUCAAGGAAAAAGAAUGAAAUGAUACAUGUAUUAUUUUGAAUCUUACAAUAUUCGCUCUUAUCAUUCUCUUUGUUUUUUUCUUAUGUAAUAUAUAUAUAAUUUUUUUUUCACAUUUUUUAACUUCUAUAAUACAUACUCAAAUUAUAAUUCAUAAAAAAAAAAUUUUUAUACUUUGGAUACAUCGAAGAAUAUAAUAGUUAGUAGUGAACAUUUUUAUAUAAGUAUUCUUUAUUUCUUUCUCUUUUUUUUCUUUCUUUCUUUCUUUUUUUUUUUGGAUAGCUAAUAAUUAUCAAUUAUAAUAUUAGUCCUUGUAUAUGUUUCUCGCCUUUUCUAUACAUGUAGUAUGUUACAUUUUAAACUUUAAGUAUGCUUAAUAUAUAAUAUAUACAUUAUAUACACACACGUACAUAAUAUAAUAUAAUAUAUAAUUACACUAUAUCCUUGCUAUUGAAAUUAAAACACUAAAUUAAAUAACGUGUGAUAGCAAUGAAAAGAAAAUGUAAUUUACGACGAAAGUACAUUACUAAAUUAAUUGAAUUGAUUAAAUUCAAUCUUUGUGUUGUAAGUUUUUACAUUUUAGGUAUAAGAAAAUAUUACGAAAUAUUUAGGAUUUUUCAAUUUAAUCAAAAGAUAAAGAAAAUAACUUAUAUUUAUGAUACCAACAUGUGACAUACGUGUUACAGCUCGAUAUUUAAGACAUGCAACUAAAGAUGAGCAUGCCAAUUAGCUUUUUUCAAUGAGAAACGCAUAAAAGAACGCGUUUUGUAUACCGGCUCUAUGGGAUAUUUUCAUUUAAAACGUAUAUGUAGCUGGUAAAAGAUCACUAUUAUGAAACGACUAUACAUUCAUAAUGAAAACAACAAGAAAAGGUAAAAUAUUGCCUAAAAGUAUAAUUGACUAGAAUAGAUAGGACAACAUUAUCAAAUUUUUUCCUCAUAGACAUAAAAUGUUACAAUAAUCAAUUUUGAAGACUAUUAUUAUUUAAUAUUUACGAUAUAAUUAAAAAGAUUAUUUUAAAAUGUGUAUAAUACCCUGCACAAAUCAUAUGCGAAUGAACAAGUAUAUAUAUAUAUUUUUUUUUUUUAUAUAGUUGUAGAAUCCUUUUUAAAUCUUGUUGAUGCAAACGAGAUACACAAAUAAUAGUAGUCUAAACGAGAUUGAAGGAAAACAAAAGUAAUUACAUUGAUUUAAUUAAAACAAGAGGAAAGGGGUAUUAUAGCAAACUUUACUUAAUUAUUUAAUUAUUUAACACUCAACAAUGAUAACUGAUUGUUGUGUUUCUUUUUUCUUCGAUUAGUUUCAUAGUUUAAUAUCAAAAAGUGAGGCCAAAAAAGAAAUAAUAAAUGUUUUUAUUAGGUCCAUUUUUAUUACACAGGUUAUUAAUAUUAAAAUAUAAUAGACGUUACUAAAAAGAAAAAUACAAUUUUGUGUAUCAUGGUAUAAACGAUUCACCGAAUAUAGAGAUGAUGGUUGGAAGAAAUGUGAAAGGAAAGUAGAAAUGAAAACGACACGUGCAUCGAUACCGACAAAAAUUUAAGAAUAAUAAGCAAACGGAAUAACACUGUUACAUAAAUAGAUUAUAUGUAUAUUAUAUUCCAAUUUCAUGUGGUGAAGAAAAAUAUAAAUAUCUUGAUUUCGCUGUGGGUCGUUCAUACCAUGAUACAAUUUUCAAAAGUACUAUUUAGAAUUUAAUCAAUUUAGCACUAUAAUAAUGCAUUUUUCAAUUGUGUUUUUUAAAUGCAUUCUUUAUAAGUACAACAACCUACAGAGCAACUGUUUGAAAACAAAAAUAUUUAUUGUCAAGUCUUUUUGAAUAUAUUUUAUCUUAAAAAGAAUACCAUUCCUCGAGCUUUGUUUCAUUUUUAAAUCGUCGAUUGUAUUAUGAAUGUUAGAUUGUUAUCAUUGUAUUACCUGUAAAGAAUUUUCACCAACUUCUGAUAGAAAUAGUAGACGAUUAAACAAUUUUAACAUGGUAGCAAUUUGUUGAUGAACGUACUUGUAAAGAAUGCCAAUUUCAUCGACUUUUCGUAAUCAUAAUGUUCUCCUUUAAUAGAUUAUAUUUAAAUAUGAAUAGUAAUUGUCGAAAUGAAAAGAUAGUUUGUGUUACGCUUUAACAUCAAAUGUGUACUUGUUUGUGCAGUAUAUAUGAGAUAUGUAGUAUCUUACAGAACAAUGUUAUUUUGUAUAAAGUUGGAGCAUACUAUGAUUACGGUGAGUUGGGUGAAAAAAAAAUCUAGGAAAGAUAUUCCUGAAUGAUAUAUAAUAUUGAAUAUUAUAAACAAUACAAUAUAUGUACUAUUUUACUUAUAAACAAUAACACAAUUAAAAUAUUAUUACUAAGAACAUAAAUUAUUGUGAAAGCAACAAAUUUAGCUACAAAAUAGGGUAAUAGGAGAAUAACAAAAUAAAUUAAUUAGCUAAUACUGUGUAUUAAAGAAAACAUACAGUUGAAUAUUUAUAUAGUACUGCCCAAGUUGUUGGUUUCAGUGAGAUUACUUUUUUCUUUUUCUAAUGCAACGUGUGUAUAAUGUAUGAAUCUUUAAAAAUUUAGGUGCUAUAACUUUUUUGUUCUUUGUAAUAAUUAAUUUUUCUACUUUCAUUCAAUUUAAAGAUCGUAAAGAAAGAGAGUACUGUACAUUCAAGUAUUACACGAUGUUUAAUAUAUUGAAUCUCAUAAAUAUAAAAGAUAUAUAUUGUAUAUGUUUAUAAAGUGGAUAUUUUUAAUGUAACGAUUACCAAAGUAUGUUCAUGUAUUUAAGAGUAAGAUCAAUUUGGACUUGGUUGAACACUGCACAAAGAAAACCAACAAUAGGGCAGGAUGAAAUUGAACAAUAUAUUUUUGACAAGUUACAAUAAUAUAAAAUACAAAACGUUACAUGCUCUGUUUUGUGCGAAUGAUUCUUCUCCUGUGUUAGAAAACAUUUAUUAAAUGCCAGAAGAGCCAUAUUGCGAAUGUGUUUGUUUAUGCACUAGUUGAACGUUAAAAGAGAUUGCCUGUUAUUUCAUUUGUCGAAAGGAUUUGUGAUCAAUGUAGUAGAAAAGGCAGAUGAUGGUUCCUUAACAUCGAGGAAGAAUUAUCUGCACACUCCAGGCGUCAAAACAUACACAUAAUCAUUAGAUUACUGUACAAUAAUGAAUUACGUAAAAUAGUAAUAUGUAAUAUCUUACAAAAUGAAAAAAACAAAAAGAACAUUUGCUGAACAUUUAUAUUACGAUUUAUAACUAAAAGAAUACUUGCUAUAAAUCUGUAUCACCUUUAAUCACUUGUAGUUUUGAUAUAUGACUAAUGCAUUUGUUAUUUAGAUAUAGUAACAGUAUAUGAAUUCCGAUAAAUAGUACUCUGACUAAAAAAAGAAAAAGAAAAAAAAACAAAUUGAUUUCAUUUAUUGUAGAAUGUGUUCUUGUUUGCUACAGUGACUGCUCAAUAUUGUGGGAAACAAAAAAUAGUGGAUGUUUCUUUUUUUUUUUUCUUUCUUUCUACUACUGCUAACAUUAUUACUAUUUCUUCUUCGUCAUCAUCUAUUUUCAGUCUUCUUCUAACACGUUGUUUCAUUCAUUAUGCAAACGUGGACACAUUGUUGAUAAUGAUCCAAUUUUAUAGUAUCUGGUGUUAUUGCAAUUAUUAUGUGAACGUAUGCUCUUUAAAAUAUUCGUAUUAUUAUCCGUUAUAGUAUUGCAAAACUGCUUAGAUUGUAAACUCGUAUGUAAUUUAAAUUGCACGAGCUUUUUUUAAUUGGCGAUUUCCUUCGAUUAACAAAUAGUGACUCGCCCACCCCAUUUAUCCCCCUUUGCCAUUUUCGUUGAUAAUAAUACAUUGAUCAGACUGAAAUUAACAGGAACACAUACGCAAAGUAAAAAGAAAAAAAAUGAUCGAGUUCUACGGUACUGAUAUCUAAGCAUUUUUGUAUUUAAAUACGAGGUAGCAAAUGGCUGUACAACUGUGAUUAUGUAAUAACAAUUUCUCUACUUAGAUCUUAUCGUUCGGUAUGUCGGUAUUUAUGAAAAUAUAAAUAUUUUACAUACGAGGAAAGGCUGUAAACUUUUAAUUGUGCGAUCGCUCGUUGACGAAUCUUCGAGGUGCAUCUUUUACGAAUUAUUAAGUGUGUCUAACAGAAAAUAUGAAAAACACAAUUUAAAAAAAAAAAAAAAAAGAAAGAAAAAAAUAGAAGAAGAAUACUUGCACAUUCGAGCAUAAAAUAAGAGCAAGCCCAUACAACUUUUGAAUCAUUAAUCAUAAAUUACAAGGGGAAGUUUGUAAGAAUCGUGAAUUGCUAUUCCAAUGACUAAGAUGUAACUUGUUUGUUGCUUAUGCAUUAUUUUGACAUGCUUUCAUCAACUUGCAUUUUACACUUGAUGCAUUUUAAUUCAUGGCAAACUAUUUGUCAUAUGUUUAUUCUUCUUAGAAACUUGUCAGUCAUUUGCACCCUCAUAUUGUAAAAGAUUAAUACCUAGUGUCAAAAUAAUGUAAAUUUCUAUCACGAGUUCUUACACAGUUUUUUGAAAGGCCAGACUUAUUGGUUCUUCAUACAUUAACAAUUAGUGAUUCAUUUAAUGACUAGUUUCAUGUAUUAAAGAAAAAGCAAAUAGUAACGUACACAAGGUACAAUCUGUAAUUAAAAAAAAAAAAAAAAAAAAAAAAAUCAGUGCCAUUUUCAACAGAUUUAUGAAAGUAAUAAAGUUACGUUCUGCGAGAAAUGAAUGUGAUCUGUUAAUGUUUCUAAUUUCUAGAGAUAAUUCUGCAUUUCUGACGCGACGGAGAUUGAAGCUCUAAUAAUUGUUCAUACCAUUUGGUUGAUCUCAAAAUUUCAACGCGUGUAACACUUGUCUAAUUGUUAAUAGAGCGAAUCAAGAAGGAAGUAAUAAUAUUAAUAUUAAUAGCAAUUAAUUACUAUUCUUAACAUUUGUAGUUUUAACACUAUUUUAAUUUAACUUUUUAAUGUGUAAUUAAUAAUGUUGAGGGUAAAUUGAAAACAUGGUUUCAUAGAUGAUUUGAUCAUUGGAGACAUUAAAGAAGAAGCAUUAUUAGUACAUAACAUAAUGAAUCACAGAAGCUAUGUUUUCAGAUUGCAAUCGCAUCAACUGAUAAAAUGUACCUUAAUAUUUUAAGUUAACAUUAGUACGAUACUUUCAUGUUUGAACAGAUUUUAUUUAAAGAAUUAUUGAUGUCAACUCGAUUUCCGCCUCUUAGCUAUGCAGGAUUAUGUAGAAAUACGCCCGUUAAAAUAUUUUAGUAUUUUUGCAAUAUUACAAACACCGUCUUCCGGUAUAAUAAUGUUUGCAUGUAGCCUAAAGCGCAGUUACGAGCAAUUCGACACAUUGUGAAAGGAAAAAUGUUUAUUAUUAAGCUUGUCAUUCUCUUGCAGUGCAAAGAAACAAAACUACAAAACAAUUAAUAUAGAUUUAAAGAAAUAAAAAGUAUAUAGUAUUAUAAAGCAUGUGUAUUGCGAUAAGAAAUAUUUUACUUAAACUGUUGUACGACCGAGGAAAUAUUUUCUGAAACAAAAUGUUCCAUUUUUCUUAAAAAUACAAAGCUGAGAAACAAUGUAUGGUAUAUAACUUUUCAAACAUUAAAGAAUAAAGCACA